AUGCCCAAAGUAAGUUCUGUCCGAAUUUCAACGAAAAAAAAAUGCGACAGAAGCAAAAAGAUAACGGAAAUCUUGAAUUCUGAAACAAGACUUUCACCUUUUUGGGCGAACACACCAACAUCGAAUUGGAAUGAGGAGUCUUAUCUCAUUUCGGCAGGCUUCCAAGAUCUUAAAGCAACUCAACAAAGCCUUUUCACUCAAUACAAUUUAAUAAAGAAGGUAAUCAGUGGUUUUCCUUGUCCCGAAUACGAACUCGUUCAAGAAAAUUUAAUGGAAGAAAGGGUCCAAUUGGGUAACAAACCCGAUUUUCAUUUAAAAGAGUCACCACAGCUGAUGUGUGGAGAAAUUAAGAGCGAUAAUGAUAUAAAAACAGAUCAUUUUAAUACCGGAAAACUUUUACAAGAACUUUCAGAUGAGUUGGAAUUUGUUUUUGAAAAAAGGGUUGGAAUUUAUGUAAUGCGUGUUUUGGGGAAUGGUGUUUAUCUUGGUGUUGAGGUUGAUAACUUUGAGAUACCAACCAUCUUGCAGAACAUUGACAAGUUAGUUGACGGGAUUCAAAAAGUACUCAUAAGUAAGGUGAGAUUUGAAGAAUCCGUCAAGCGUGUAGAAAUCACAAAGAAAGCAAUUUACCCUUCUUCUCCAGAGUUAGUGUCAAAUUUACCAAUGUCCAAUUUACCCGGAAAGAUUAUCAGAGCCACUAAUCACUCCCCCAAAAGAGUCUGA